GUAGGAACUAUUCUUCGCAACACGUGUUACUCUGUCGAGAGGAAUAAUGUGUGGGACCCAAACAGUGAUGCAUGGCGUGAAAGCAACGCUCAGACAAAUUACUUGAGUUUCCUAUUAUCUCGCCUUGAAUAUUAUGUUGACAGCAUUAAAAUAACGUCUUAUAGCUAAAAUACGACAAGAUCUUUAAAAAACUACCACGAUGGAUGCCCUGCAGAGGAGAGUGAUUGAGGAGGAUAUGGUUCAGUACAAACUCUUCUUGGUCAAGCCCGAUGGUUCAUCUUCACAGCAGAAUGAGGAGCGUCUUACUCGACUAGUGGAGGAAAUUUUGGCAAAAGUUGCUCCCCUCUUGAUGCAGUACAUCUGGCAGCAUCAGCCCUUCAACCUCAAGUUUCAUACUGAGAAAGGCGGUGUCCCUGCUCACAUUGGAGGGAGUACUCAGUUUGGGGACAACGUGGACGACGAGUGGUUCAUUGUUUACCUCUUGCAGCAAAUCACAGAGGCUUUUCCAGAGCUAGCAGCCAGAGUUGAAGACAAUGAUGGGGAGUUUCUUCUGAUCGCAGCAGACUAUCUUCCCAAGUGGUUGAAUCCUGACAGCAGUGAAAACAGAGUCUUCUUCUUUAGAGGAGGGUUACAUAUUCUUCCCUGUCCUUCCAAAUCCUGUUCGGUGGGGAUCUCAAAAGACGUGGUACCAAGUGUGACACAAGCUCUAGAGCUGCUCUCCAGCCAUCCAGAGUCGUGUCAGGCAAGCCCAAAGAUUUGUGCAGUCCUGAAGAAGCGUCUAGAGGGGUACCCAGAGAAGAUUCAAACCAGCCUCCAUCGAGCCCACUGCUUCAUACCUGCCGGAGUUGCUGCAGUGUUAGCACAGCGUCCUGACCUGGUGGCCCCUGCAGUUUCAGCAUUUUACCUGCGUGAUCCCGUUGAUCUGCAGGCGUGUCGAAGCUUCAAGACCUUUCCUGCUGAUACCCGGGUCCUCUCAAUGGUGACAUUCACACGCUGCCUGUACGCUCAGCUCCAGCAGCAGCAGUUCACCCCAGACCGGAGGAGUGGCUUCACCCUGCCUCCUCGCUCUCAACUGCAGUACAAAGCACAUGAGCUUGGCAUGAAACUGGCCCAUGGCUUCGAGAUCCUGUGCUCCAAGUGCAGGCUGCCAUCUUCAGAGCCUGAUGCCCCCGUCAGUUGUAACCCUCAGUGGAAAAGCUUCAUGGACAGUCUGAAAAGGAACAACUACUUCAGGGGAGAACUCAAGGGUUCAGCCCUUUAUGGGGAACUGAUGAGAUCUGCAGAAAACUUCUUCAAACAGUCUGUCGCUUCAAAAUCCAGUGUUUUGUCCCCAGGUGAGGAGGUUCUCCAGCUGCUGCACAGCUGCAAACCACUCAACUUGGAGGAGCUGAAGAAACAAGAGUCACAGCUCCCCCCAGAGGACAGUGACAGCUGGCUGGAUAUCACAGCUCAGGACUUGGAGCGCAUGCUGCAGGAUCUGGGUGGGGGGGCAGCUGAUGUUGGCAGCCAAAACUCCAGCUCCACCAAACAAACGCAGCAUGAUGUCGGGCAAGCAGAGGAGAGGAGAAAGGAGACAAAAGACAGCAGGGAGGAGGAGGAGGAAGUGGAGGAGCAAGGUUACAGCCUGGUGGCAGUCAGUCAGGGGAUGAAGAACUUCCUUAGUGCAAUGUCGUCGCAUGAGGGAGCUGAACUGCCCUGGAGCAGUUCAUCUCAACCUUUCGGAUUUGAACCUGACUCCAUGGCCAACGCGCUGGACAGACUGCUAGGAAGCAAAGAAGAAGUAGAGCUGGAUUCAGAUGAUCUAGAUGAUGAUGAAGAUGAUGAUGAAGAGGAGGAGGAGGAGGUAGGAGUGGAAGGAUCAUCUGGAGAGGAAGAAAUGAAUGGGACAGAGGCUCUGGACGGCCUCAGAAGAUACAUGGACCAAAUGGACGAGGAGCUCAUGAGCACGAAUAUAGGACAAAGCUUCAAUCAGACGCAGAACUACAACAAACCAGGUCUCAACAAUGGCUCCCCACAUACCUCCGCUAAAGACAGUGUACCGUUGCAAGACGGUUCAGAAGAUGCAGAGGAAGAGAUCCAGCCUCUGGACGUUGACCUCAAUCUGGUCACAAACCUGCUGGAGUCCCUCAGCUGCCAGGCUGGACUGGCCGGACCAGCCUCCAACCUGCUGCAGAGUCUGGGACUACACCUACCACCGAACGCAGAUUCCUCGUGAGGACAGAAGUUGGACUUAGAGGGCGGUAAUGAAGAGUUCAUCAUUUCUGCUGAGAUAUUUCAGAUGUCCUGUGAAGCUUUUAUUUUGUGUACAUUCAUGUUAAGAAACAUCAUUUGUACUGUAAGUCUGUAUUUUUUAGGAACAAAAAACACUCUCAUAAAAUAAUACAAUUAUGUACAAGAAUUUACCAGAUUUUUUUCACAGUAGAUUACAGGGCAAAUGUAUGGCAGUGUUAAAAUGUUAACCUUUAGGUUUCAGUGUUAAUACUGUGGAUUUUGAUGUAUUUGUGGUCAUGAAUCCCUUUUUGUUUUCAUGGUCCUUAAUCCUGCAAACCAUGCCAGAACACCUAACAAAACAAGAUGCAUCCCUCAUCGAGCCUCAUGUUUGAUUAACGUUACAGAAAAAUUCAACUGCAAGUUAUAACAGGAGUUUUAUACAUUCUGCUUUUUGUGUCUUUGGGGAUUUGACUGCACUUGCAUCAGAUGUUUGAAAAAGAAUAAAUAUUUUUGCAAUAUA